AGACGCGAACAAACACAAAGGUCGAGGUUCUCAUUCAUUCAGUGUUCUAUACAGAGCCGCGAGGAGGAGGUGCAAAGCUUGGAGGCAGGCUGCAGCAAGAACCGUAGUAAAAACAACGAUCCGCCUGAGAUUCGAUUGUCUCGGCUUUAAACUUUAUACGACCUAACGGCUGAAGCCCAAACUUGGAUGUAUUUAUGUCUGACUUAUAUGUCAACGCGUGUCGUUUUUACAAGUAAGAGCAAACGGUUAUUUUAUUUUUUUUGCUAGCCGCUAAUCUCCUGCGAUCUCAGAUUUUGAGCUGGACUUCCAAAAGAGUGCCUGUUGUCGCACUGGGGGAAAAUAACGUGGAUUUAACCCAGCUGAGCGAUUUGCUCUGAAAGAUUUUUGUGAAUGAUAUAUUGGAACAAAGUGGAAAUUGGUUCCUUCAGUUGGAUGUACAGUCAUCAUUUUGUUUUGAAAACGCUUUGAUUUUUUUUUAAUGCGUGAAGGCACUUUUCUGGGCUGGAUAAUACUCGGUACAUCGGCCAAUGGAUUUUCGCGUCAUGGAAGGUGGCAAAUAGGAUCUCCGAUGCAUGCCAAUUCCACAGUGAAUGUCGGUAGUUGUGAUCACCUCAGAUGGAGCCCCAAAGUCAGCAUGGCAGCGGCGGUUCUUUAGUUGUGAUCCAGCAGCCUUCCUUAGACAGCAGGCAGAGAUUUGAUUAUGAAAGGGACCUUCAACACACAGCCAUUCUUUCCUUGGAGCAAAUUAAAGCUAUCCGCUCAAACAAUGAAUAUACGGAGGGACCUUCUGUGGUGCGAAAGUCCACUCCAAGGACAGUACAGAGGGCAGAAAAGCACGAAAGAACUCAUGAAAUAAUACUGAUUAAUGUGAAUAACAACUAUGAACAUCGUGCUUCUACCCAAGCUGGACAUAUGGGCCCAACAUAUGGCAUUCGAGCACCUACCCUGAGCCGAUCCACAAGCACAGGCAGUGCAGCAAGCUCAGGCAGUAACAGUAGUGCUUCUUCAGAGCAGGGACUCCUGGGACGAUCCCCACCAACAAGGCCCAGCUCUGGAUACAGACCAGAUAAGGCCGUGCGGACACAGCCAAAGUCUUCAGCUUUGAAAGAGGACAUGCUUAAAAUUCCUGGGAAAGAGGAUAUCACAAAGCACCAGUUUAUCUGUGAACAGUGUGGAAAGUGCAAAUGUGGGGAGUGCACUGCACCCAGGACCCUGCCUGCUUGCUUGACUUGUAACCGGCAGUGCUUAUGUUCAGCUGAAAGCAUGGUGGAAUAUGGCACCUGCAUGUGUUUAGUAAAAGGGAUUUUUUACCACUGCUCAAAUGAUGAUGAAGGGGACUCGUGUGCAGACAAUCCUUGCUCUCUCUCCCAGUCUCACUGCUGCUCUAGGUUCAUGUGCAUGGGAUUAAUGUCUCUGGUGCUGCCUUGUUUGAUCUGCUAUCCUCCAGCUAAGUGCUGUGUUAAAGCAUGCCAAGGCUGCUAUGAUCGGGUAAAUCGGCCCGGCUGCCGUUGCAAGAACUCCAACACUGUCUACUGCAAACUGGAGAGCUGCCCCAGCAGAUUACAGAGCAAGCCUUCUUGAUUAUGGUUACAGGAAGAGACUUGGCUAACCAACACCCCACCCCCCCAA